AUGUCAUACUACGGCAACAACGACAACGAUUCUGGCCGCCGAGGCGGUCGCGAUUCAAGCCGCGAGCGCAACACUGCCAGCUCUGGUUAUGGCUCCUCCCAGCGCGACGAUUCCAACUCGUAUGGCAGCGAGUCCCGUCGUGAUCGCAAGGAUGACACCGGCUAUGGUGGUAACAGCCGCAGCGACAGCUAUGGCCGGGACUCUUCCAACCGCCAGUCCGACUCUGGUUCGUACGGCAGGAAGGACCACGAAAGCUCGUAUGGCUCCAACGACAGCGACAGAUAUGGCACCAAGCGCGAUGGCGACGAGUCGUAUGGUUCCGGAAACACCGACAGAUAUGACUCCAGGCGCGACGAAGACAAUUCAUACAGCUCCAGCAACAGGCCCAGUCACGGCUCCAAACGCGACGAAGACAACACCUACGGCUCCAAGCGUGACAACGACGAUUCUUACGGAUCGAGCAACAAGGACUCCUACAGCUCGGGGCGCGACAAGGACAACUCAUAUGGAUCUCGCAACAACACUUCGUACGGCUCCGGCGCGUAUAGAUCCAGCCAAGAUGGCGAGAACAAGUCAUCCUCCUAUGGCUCUAAGCGGAACGAGGAGAGCACCACCACUUCGUCUGCCUAUGGCUCCAGACGCGACGAUGACAACUCCUAUGGUUCCAGCAGCAACAGUUCCUCCGGCUCGAAGCGGGGUGAAGACAGUGCCUAUGGUUCCAGUAACACUGGCUCUUAUGGCUCAAAGCGCGAUGAAGAUAGUUCGUAUGGUUCAGAGAACAAAACAUCGUACAACUCUAAGCAAGAGGAAUACUCUUCCUCAACUUACGGUUCCAGGCGGGAGAACGAAGGCGGUGACGGCAACAAGAACUCAUCGAGCUAUGGAUCCACUAACUACGGGUCGUCCAACGACAACAACAAGACUUCGUACGGCCCCUCCAACAAUGAGCCCCCCUAUGGCUCCUCAACCACUCAAACGCCUCAUGGAUCCUCCAACAAGCAAUCGUCUUACGGCUCCGAUUCGAACGAGAACAAGACGUCCUACGAUUCCUCCAACCGCAAGGACGAGGUCUCCGAGAGCAACAAGGGAGGUGACUGGCUUGAUAGCACUGUAAAGUCUGUUGCGGGGUCGGCUGGGUACAACUUGGAUGACAAAACUGCUUCAGUUAUCGGAGAGGGCUUGAGGGAGGGGUUUAAGCGGUUUGGCGGGGGAAACUAG